AUGCAGGUGGGGCUAAAAACUUUCAACUACUUUGGAUAUGGUGUGUAUAACGACAUACGAUCAAGAUUACCAUACUAUGGUCUGGACUUUAAAGAUGCGUACAACUAUAGAGUGAUCCCGUCAACUGUGUUUAUCUUUUUCACAAAUUUACUUCCUGCUAUUGCUUUCGCACAGGAUAUGUUCGAUAAGACGAACGACCUGUAUGGUGUAAACGAGGUGCUAUUGAGCUCUGCGAUGGCAGGCGUAGUGUUUGGGCUUUUUGCUGGUCAACCAUUAUGUAUUGUAGGAGUGACGGGACCAAUUUCGAUAUUCAGUUACACGGUGUAUGAGUUAAUUCAACCGAGAGGUACACCAUACUUCCCAUUCAUGUGCUGGAUAUACCUUUGGUCUAUGGUUAUGCAUUUGAUAAUAGCCUUUGGCAACAUGAUUUCCUUUUUGAAGAUAAUAUCGUCAUUUUCUUGUGAUGUUUUUGGGUUUUUCAUUUGUAUUGUCUAUAUACAGAAGGGCAUUCAAAUUCUAACAGGUCAAUUCCAUGGAGACAAACCCGGUGAAUCCGUAGAAGCAGGUUUCUAUUCUGUCAUGCUAGCACUUUUAAUGAGUGUAGCUGGUAUUGGGAGCUUUAUCUUUGGCAGCCAAUUGCAUUAUUUUAAACCUUGGGUGAGGAAAGUGUUUGUAGACUAUGGUACACCACUAUCAGUGAUCUUUUUUACAGGAUUUGUUCACUUUGGAGGCUAUUUAUCCAGCACAAAGCUUUCACAUUUACCAAUUAGUCAAUCUUUCCAGCCCACGCUACAUGGGUCAGCUUCAAGACCACACGGUUGGUUCAUUCAUUUUUGGCCGGACUCUAGUGAUCCUAGCGCAAUUUCUGUAGGAGAUGUUUUCCUUGCAUUGCCAUUUGCAAUCUUAUUGACAUUUUUGUUCUAUUUCGACCAUAACGUAUCAUCGUUAAUGUGUCUUCUGAAGGAAUAUCCAUUAAAGAAACCAGCAGCAUUCCAUUGGGAUUUCGCCCUUUUGGGGAUUACUACUGGGGUUGCUGGGUUGAUUGGAAUUCCUGCCCCUAACGGACUUAUUCCACAAGCUCCACUUCAUACACAAUCUCUUGUGGUACAUGACCUUAAGACUGGAAAAGCUAUAUCUGUAGUUGAACAAAGAGUGACCAACACUUUACAAGGUCUAAUGACUUUUGUAAUGAUGACAAGACCAUUUCUUGUUGUGCUUGGAUUGAUUCCUCAAGCAGUUCUUGCAGGAUUGUUCUUUAUUAUGGGUAUUACAGGGUUACACGGAAAUGUGCUUACCAAUGGAAUAAGGUACAUCUUCUUAGAUGACAGGUACAUCAAAUAUGACCCACAAUGUCCAGAGAUCUUCCGUACAAUAGAUAAUCUCCCCCAGAAAAAGUGGUACUACAUUUAUUUGUUAUUACUGUUGAUUGCAGCAGGAUUGGAAUUUGGUAUUACAAAUACAAAAGGAGCCGUUGGAUUUCCUGGGGUCUUAAUGUUCUUUGCUAUCUGCGCCAAAUGGGUAUGGCCUUACAUUAUUCCGCCAGAUCAAUUGGAGUUGUUGGAUUCAGAAGUUGCCGACGAAAGAAUUGUCAGGAACCUUGAAAUAUCCAAAAUUGUGAAGGAUAGGAAGAGAGAAAAGGAAGAAAAGGAUUUAGAAGGUGAUAUAGAGGAGAUAACAAGCAUUGAAGAUUUUAAUACUAGCUCGAAUUGA